AUUACUCCAUAAUCAGCGAUAAAAGUUUGGUGUUACCGCUGCCCGAGUGAGGUGGUGCACGUAGCCACCAUGCAGUGGAGGCGGCGCCACUGUUGCACGCACGUUGCCGGCCUAUUGUCUCUCCUCUCACUCCUGGUCAUCCUGGGCCAUCAGGACUGGCUGCCGGGCCUCAAGGGACCAACAUGGCAGAGGGAGCACCCAGUGGCUUAUGCCGGAGGAGGACUACGCUCCAAAGGGAAUCACAGCUCCUCACAGAUUCUAUGGAGGGAUGCACCGGUUCCCCCUGCGCCUCCGAAAAUGAAAGCCAACCUCAGUUUCCCUCAGAACUCCUCCUCACCGCAGGGGGUUACGGGACUGGAGAACUCUGUGGCGGCUAAUGCUAGCUUGAGCGGAGAGGUCAGGCUAAGGGGCCUGCUGACCUCAGAGCCAUACCCUUACAUCAUCAACGAGCCCGACAAGUGCCGGGAGGGCAACCCAGUGCCCUUCCUGGUGCUGCUGAUAGCCACGGAGGCCCAGCAGGUGGAGGCCAGGGAGACCAUUCGGCAGACCUGGGGGAACGAGAGCAUUGCCCCGGGCCUAGGCUUUGUUCGCCUCUUCCUGCUGGGCGUGAAGGAGGGCAGGGUGGGUCGCCUGCAGCAGAGCAGCCUGGAGGCCGAGAGCCGGAGGCACCGUGACAUCAUCCAGCAGGAUUACAUGGACACUUACAACAACCUGACCAUCAAAACCCUGAUGGGCAUGCACUGGGUGUCAGCGCACUGCCCGGGCACCAAAUACGUCAUGAAGACAGACAGUGACAUGUUUGUCAACACAGAGUAUCUCGUCCACAAGCUGCUCCGGCCAGAGAUGCAGCCCAAACUGGACUACUUUACGGGCUACCUGAUGAGGGGCUAUGCACCCAACAGAAACAAGAAUAGCAAGUGGUACAUGUCCCCAGAGCUGUACCCCAGCGAGAGGUACCCCACUUUCUGCUCGGGAACGGGCUAUGUGUUCUCGGGGGACCUGGCGGGGAAGAUCUACAGGGCCUCUCUAGGCAUCCGCAGGCUGCAUCUGGAGGACGUUUACGUGGGCAUCUGCCUGGCCAAGCUGCGGAUCGAACCCACGCCACCGCCUAACGAGUUCCUGUUCAACCACUGGCGGGUGUCCUACUCCAGCUGCAAGUACAGCCACCUUAUAACCUCCCACCAGUUUCACCCCAACGAACUGCUCAAGUACUGGCACCACCUGCAGAGCAACAAGCACAACGCCUGCAUCAACACAUCCAAAGACAAGGUGGGCAGGUUUCGCCAGAGGAAACUGCAGGGGGUACAGCCUAUUUGGUGACAGAGGGUCGAGUGUGAUGUUAAGUCAUGACCUGUGCAGGAGUCACUCGGCAAGAGGUGACCGAUUCAAGCCCAUGUUUUUGGACAAACUAAUGGUUGAGGGCCGUCUUUUUUUUUGUACUACAGGUCAUAUUUUUGAUUUUGAUACAUUAAUUGAUUGAAAGAAUAUAUGCAUCGGUGUACAGAGGAAGACAUUACUUGUGUGUGAAAUGUGGAUGCUGUUUAUUAUAAGGAUAAAUAUUCACCUGUUGGUGGACUGUCACUGUCUGGUAUCCAUUUUGUUCAACUUGAGUUUAAAUACUUUUCCUUAAGGUUGAAUCGAAUUAGCAUAAUAAAAAAUACCCAUACAAAUCUGUCAGUUUCAGCUAGAGAUGUUUUUUUUGUGUGCAUUGGAUGCAGCUCAAUCCGCCGCAUCUGCGGUGAAAGGUGA